UCCACAACUUUUACCGCAUUUUCUCUCUCGCUCGCUCGCUCACUUGCAUCUCUCUUCCUCUCUGCUGGUUUGCCCUAAUUUCUAACAUUAGGACAAAUCGAUUCGAAACCCUAGCGUUAACUUAGUACUAUAUCGGGCUUUUCCUCCCAAUGCUUAUCUCCGAAAUUCUUUCUUCGCGAGCGCAGGGGGUGAAUUGAGUGGUGGAGGAGUUGCGGUUGCAGUCUUUUAGCUCUACUACAAUAUGGCAAAGGUUGCUGCGCCUGGUUCUUUAACUUCCACUCUUCAAAACGGAGGAGGAGCUCUGAAGGUUGGCACAAUGGUUAAAAGGAAAACGCCAUCAGAACUGAGAGGAGAGCAGUUGAAGCAGGCGAAUGUUAUAGAGCUUGUAGAUGAAUCUCCAGCCCCUUUGAUUGGUUCUACAAAUGACACUAGCGAGGCGGAUAAUGGGCUCAGGAAACCUGAGCUGUCAAGAAACCUUCGAUACAUUGACACUCGUAUGGAUGACGUAUUUCCUGUUAAAAAAUCCAGGUUUAGAAUGCUUUCUGGAAAAGAAGAUGCCAAGGAAAAUAGCUCAAGUGAGCAAACUGGCGGCCUGAAGAAUAUAACUCUGCUUUCCAAUUUGGCUGCCAAGAGACGAAACCAACUUUCAUGUCCAGAAAAUUCAGUUGCCUCUGUUGAAGAUGCCAAAGAUGGUGUCGCCCAAGCUUUUCAAACAAUUGGAAAGUGUAGUCAAAGUACAUUUCGUAGUGUUAGUGAGCUUUCAUCAAGCGGUGAUAGAUCAUCUGGCUUGGCAGUCAUUGACAUGGAUAAAGCAUUAAAAGGACUGGCUUCCCGUGACUCCCCUGGGAUUUCUGGUUUACCUGCUGAUUCUUUUGAAAGACUUGGGGAUCCUACUUCAACUUAUUCAGGCAAUUUCUGCUCUGAAUGCCAUGUACCUGGCCGAAAGGCUCCUCUAGAUUUUACUCUUAAAACUUAUGUACGGGUGGUGUCCUCUUCGCCAGUGAAUCAAAUUCAUAGGUCAAUAAUGUCUAGUACCAUGCCCCAGUUCACAUUCCAGUUUGGUUGUUUUGAGGAUCAAAACAACGGCCAUAGCUCGGUCCUCGCGUCCACUUCCAAUGUCUUAAGUUCUAACGUUAUGCAUUCAUGGGUUUACCCUCAAUCUACCUUACCACCUUCUCUCAUAUCAGUGUUGAUGUCAUCAGCAGCAGAGGGAGUGGAAAUGGAUUUCUUAAGAAAACGACAGCUUGCAUGGGAAGACUCCUUUCGGAGUCUUUACUACAUGCUACGGAAUAAUGUUUGUAAUCUCUUUUAUGUGUGUACUUCACAUUUUGUGGUGAUGUUCACUGUUGGUGAUGGCUUGGGGAGGACCAAGCGCUUGUGCAAUGCUUAUAUCUCCCGGUCAACAAGAGGCUUGAGGUCAUUGUUGAGAGAGCAUGAUGUUUGUUUCUCUAUGCCUCUUUGCCAUUCCAAAGUAGAGCAAGUAUCCACUGAAGAUCUGGUUGAACUCUCAGAGAUUGAGAAGCAUAAUUUGGGCCAGACUCGGCGUCAGAGUUCCUUGUCUGAUAUCGAUAAUAGCCCACAAUCUUUACUGGUUUUCAGUGGCAAUAAGAGCAUACAUGGUUUGUAUGAUUUUUUGUUAAAUUAUAGAUCUCUCUUGACCUUCUUCACUGGUAUGGAUGUUCCUUUAUUGUGUUCUCCUGUUCCAUUUCAGAAUGCUGCUCUUUCUGCUCCAGAGGUUAGAUGCAUGGAGUUGAAAAGAGCAGAUCAUAUUGCUGCUCCUAAAGGAUCCAGUAAAGAUGGUGAAAGUGUAAAAGGUUCAUCUGCUGGUCUCUGCUAUUGCAUUGAAAUUAAGGAUGCAUAUCUUCCGCCAUGGAUUAUAUGCAGUAUAUGUGAUGUUAUGAGUUCUGAAGGGAGAAGCUUUGAGGCAAGUAUCACAACGGAACCGACCUCAAUUGGGUUGAAUGUAGCUCUUGGAGCAGCUGGCGAGAAAUCUGAUUCUGAAACUGCAGCUGGUGAAGGCUUGCAAGAAAGCAGCUAUGCUUUUGGUAUGCCGGAAGCCACAGUUACUCCUUGCUUGUACUCAGGUUUAUUAAAGGGCUUGAAGUACAUGAAUGGUUCUUAUACAGCUUCUCUUUCUCCUAUAUGACAUUCUGAGUUCAUGAUCUUUGGCAGAAUGCAGCAAUCAUGCUGUUUUCACUCAUUUUUGCUGAUCAUUGAUCCUUUUAACCCUAACUGUUUCCUUUUCUUUUUUGCAUUUCAAUCUUGUAUAAUCUUAUGGUCAACUAAUGCUUUUAUAAAGUACGUAUUACUAGCUUCUGAAAACAUUU